CUUGGCUAUUCUGAAAACAAAGUGUUCUCAGACGUAUUUUCAAUGUUGGUGUUGAGAACCGUGUCCUGACAAUCAUUUCUCAAAGGCUAGCAGGCUAUGACCACCAAUUCCCGUUUAAUACAUUACCUUGUACAUAAGGAAGAAAAAGGCAGUAUUGAGAAUAUAUACGAAUUUACGGUUAAAACAUUUUAAUUUACAAUCCCUUGAUACUUGGCUACCAAGCGCAGAGUUCUUGUAUUAUGUGCAAGGUGAGUGAAGCUCAAUAGUCUCACCAUUGCUGCUACCUAGUUCAUAGCAAAAUAAACUAAAAUAAAAGAUCAGACUUGCUAACUUGAUCAAACGAUGCAUCUUCUCGAUUGAAGGAUUUUUCUCCCACCUAGGAAUGCACCAUAAUAUCCCACACAUGUUUGCCUCGCGUCGUUUACAUACCUCGCCUCACACCAGAGCUUACCUCUUUUGGCAGCGGGACACACGCUAUAGCUUCAGCCACCAGCUACGAACAGGCAAGCCACACUUGGGCAGAAAAACGAGGUGGGCAGCUUCUCCGCCUUUGAUGGACAGCCGUGCCCGCCUUUGCCGAACGUCUCUGCACCGAACGAUGCCCUCAAGCUCAGUCUUUGGCCCAGAGCUGAUUCCGCCUUGAAAUUUAUCCAUUUCUUUUUUUUUUUCAUUCAAAGCAAUACGCAAAGCUCAAGCUGACAUGGUUUUGAAUCUCUCCAGCUGUCCAGGCCCGGUAUGAGCCAAGCCCAGCCAAUAUGGCCUGGACAAGAACCGCCACCAUGAUGGACUCUGCCCGCACCAUGCCCUAACCUAAGGGAAUGGGAUAUAGGGUGUACAUCUGGAAAUGCAAAAACAACAAAAAAAAGACUUACUCUCUCAAGUUGGCCUUUUUUUUUAUUUCCUACGGCUGGCCCAUUCCUCGCAAGACGAUCAGAGCCCAUACAUCGGCCAUCACUGGCGGCCUAGCUUAGGCGGCGUUGCCUGCUCCUCCUCCUUCACGCUGCCUGGGCUGCUUCUCUCUGUUGCCCCCUGUGCACAGGCCGCCUGCCGCAAGCAGCCGCACCAGCCACACCCCAAAACAGGGCGGAUGGGUGGAUUCUACUAAGCUAGGCCACCGCCGCCUCUGAUUGGCUGCGCGCCAAUGUUUGUUGUGCUUUUGCCGGCUCCAGCUGCGCAGCCAGAGGAAGAAAAAAAAAGGGCGGCCAAAUUUCUGCCACUGACACCCGCCCACCUCUGCACCGCGCUGCACCACGCACCCGCUUCCAUCAUCAUCACCGCCGCCGCAGCCCACCUCGUCGCCAAACUCCACCAGAACAUCAACACCUUUCCGACUACCCCCGAAUCGCUUCAAAGACGCGCCCCGUGCCUUCUUUGAUUCUUCCGGCUACAGCUUUCGCUUGCAACUAAAUUCUUCGUAUUUUUCGUCCUCGAAAUCAUCCACAAUGCCCGGUGGCAAGGGAAAGUCUUCUGGCGGCAAGAGCUCCGGCGGCAAGACCAGCGUCGAUGGCCACAAGAAGCAGAUGAGCCACUCUGCUAGAGCUGGCCUCCAGUUCCCUUGCGGUCGUGUCAAGCGUUUCCUCAAGGCCAACACCCAGCAGAAGAUGCGUGUCGGUGCCAAGGCUGCCGUCUACGUUACUGCUGUUCUCGAGUACCUGACUGCCGAAGUCCUCGAAUUGGCCGGCAACGCCGCCAAGGACCUCAAGGUCAAGCGUAUCACUCCCAGACACCUUCAGCUCGCUAUCCGUGGUGACGAGGAGUUGGAUACCCUGAUCCGCGCCACCAUCGCCUACGGUGGUGUCCUGCCUCACAUCAACCGCGCCUUGCUCCUCAAGGUCGAGCAGAAGAAGAAGAACAAGCAGAUCGAGGCUUAAGCGAUGGACAAGACUUUUGUUUACUUUGUCAUGUCUUGAUGCGUAUGUGUGGUUUCGGUUCUCGGUUUUCGUUUCUUUGCUAUUUCUUUUUACUUCUCUCAACUUUGAUUGGUUUGCUUGUGGGGUUAUUGGUUUCAGGGAUUGAAGCUGUUAAAGGAUGUCUUUAUGGUUGCGUUUUCGGUAUUUUGUUCAGAAAGAGGUCGUGUGGUGGAUGUUGGAAAUACUCGACGGACUCGGCAAUGCGGCGCACGGCAAGAAACAGCAGUGCUUUCUGCUACGCAGUGCGCUACUUGCUUGGAUAUACUGCCUGCGAGAAAUGGGACAAUGUCAUAAAAAGCACCAGUCGACGAAUCGGCGAACUUUUGGUGUCAGCGUCUAUGCUUUGAGCAGGCGUACUGGCGGCGACAACGUUGCAGAAAUCGUGGGGGUCGGGAGGGGUGCUAAGAUAUGAAUUUAUACCACUUUUACUAACUCGUCUUUCUCAGUCAGUGCUACUGGUACUGGCACUAACUCUGUCAUGUGUUCCCAACAUUGUUACCAACUCGUCCUCUUCAGCUACCGCUUCGUAGUCACUAUCCAGGUCCAUCAUGUCAGGAGGAUUACAUCUCAACUGCCACUGGCGAAUCCCAUCCUCUCGCCGCUGUGCUGCGUCGCGUCGCUUACAGCGGCAAUGACCGGGGUAUUCACAAUCUCGCGAGCAAUCGCCUUCACCCUUGGCUAGUCGCCGAUCUCUGCGCUGCACCAGCCGCUGUCGUUCGUUGGCCCAAUCCACCGCUGUCCACCCUUCGGUAAACCCUGUAUUAUAUAUUUCGGUUCCAGCCCGUUGAUGGAAACUCAAGGACCAAAAAUCGGCGUCGAAAAUCGUAAUGGGUGGGUUCGCUGCGGUACAGUGGCUGUACUUUUGGGAGCAAUACAGACAGCGAUGCGCAGCAGAUAGCGGCCACGUGCGAUUGCAAUUGUUGCAGGACCAACGAAUUGGGCGAGCUAGGUGUGCAAUUUGCCAGUACAGCGAUGUAGGGGAGAUGUUACCGGAUGACGAUUCGGGUGCCGAUAUAGGCUGCGUGACAGCGUCCAGUAUCAAAGCUGAUAGAUUCGGAGAUAACACUUGAGCAACGGCAGCACUGGGCUCGGGAGUUGAUGUAGUUGGCGACAUGGCUUGGUUUUGCGAAAUAUGCUACAAAAUACAGUCGUUACAAUUAGCUACUCUCGAUAGCGGCCUGAAUGUUGUAUUAUAUCAUUUUCAGUAAAACAAAGAG